CUUUCAAUUUUGAUGUUAAGAGUGACCUGGACAUGUUUUCAUGAUAUUCAGUACACCAGCAGCACGUUGGCUGUUUUAAACCUUGCUUCCUAAAUUAUUAUUUUUUUACUCUAGUUCCGAUGUUGUUUUUAAGCCUCCGCUAUUCAUAGCUCCUCUAGACUGACCAUGGAAAACAGCAGUCUGUUCUCUGCACUAAUGUGCACUCGUGGUUGCAGACCGUGUUUCGCGGGGCGAUGUUACAUUCCGUGGCCGUUUUAUGUCGCUGCGCUGGUGUCUGAAGUGUCGUCCGUCGGUAAAGCCCUGCAGCGAUUCCUUUUCCUGAAGCACAUGUCUGCGGCUCCGCCUUCCCUCCGUUCAAGCAUGACUGCGCCGCUCCGCUCUCCAGGCAUGUAAAGCACGGUUCUGAGAGUUUGGAGAGGCUUGCGGCCCACGCCUGGAUCAAAUUUAAAAGAACAUUUUUUUCUUUUAUAUAAUAUAAUUACAUUUUAUGUAUGUUUAUUGGUGUUUUUUCGCAUUUAAGAGAUGUGCCUUUUUGUUUGUAUGUUUUAUUCACUUAAUUAUUAGCGUACGUUAACUAUUACGCUAUUUUAAGGGCACGUUGGGGUCGUUUAAAGUCUCGGAGUAUAUUGAUUUUAAAUCCAUUUCAGCAGCCCAGACAACAUUUUUUAGCCGGCGUCGGGCAACCGAGCUCGAGUUUGUUAGCGUCACCUCCGUUCGUUGUCUUAUUCAUCGGGGGGAGGCAUCAUGGAUGUGGAGGAGUGAGUGGUCUAGUUGAGGAUAUACGACCGCAGUGCCCGGUUCUCUGAUCCUCCGUCAUGACCCUGGACAGUGUGGCGGUAACGGAGAGCUCCUCUACCCGGGGAUACUGCUCCUGUUGCGGGGCAAAAAUCAUGCCGUACUUCUCCGACAACGCCGUCGCUUCUCAAAACCAGAUCAACCAGCUCAUCAGCGAGAACUUCCUUACUGUGAAAGGCGCCGCCCUCUUCCUCCCACGAGGAAAUGGCUCCUCCCCUUCUUCGGUACCUCCCAUCACACGGCGGCAUAACAAACACACAGGUGACCUUCAGCAGCAUCUGCAGACCAUGUUCACCUUGCUACGCCCUGAAGACACCAUCCGCCUGGCUGUCCGGUUGGAGAGCGCAUACCUCCAGCGUACCCGCUACAUGGUGAUUGUCUCCACCAAUGGGAAACAGGACACAGAAGAGAGCGUAGUGCUGGGGAUGGACUUCAGCGAUUCAGACCACAUGUGCACAUUUGGGCUGGUCUUACCCUUGUGGAGCGAUACGCUUAUACACUUGGAUGGAGAUGGGGGCUUCAGUGUGUCCACUGUUAGCAGAGUUCACGUCUUCAAACCAGUUUCAGUGCAGGCCAUGUGGUCAGCCUUGCAAUCCCUGCAUAAGGUGUGUGAAGUGGCCCGAUGUCAUAACUACUAUCCAGGCAGUCUCUUCCUCACCUGGGUCAGUUACUAUCAGACCCGUGUGACAUCUGACCAGCAUUACGUUAAUGAGUGGAACGCCAUGCAAGACGUGCAGUCGCACCGGGCAGACUCGCCCGUGCUCUUCACUGACGUGCCAACCGAGAGGGAGCGGACAGAGAGGCUCAUAAAGACACGUCUGAGGGAGAUCAUGAUGCAGAAGGACCUGGAAAACAUCACUUCGAAAGAGAUCCGCAUGGAGCUGGAGAUGCAGAUGGUCUGCAACCUGCGGGAGUUCAAGGAGUUUAUCGAUAAUGAGAUGAUCGUCAUCCUGGGACAGAUGGACAGCCCCACUGAGAUCUUCGAUCAUGUUUAUCUGGGUUCAGAAUGGAAUGCCUCUAACCUUGAUGAGCUUCAAAGCAGUGGAGUACGUUACAUCCUGAAUGUUACACGGGAGAUUGACAAUUUCUUCCCUGGGCUUUUUGAGUACCGUAACAUCCGAGUAUAUGACGAGGAGGCCACAAAUCUCUUGGAGAACUGGAACGAUACUUAUAAGUUCAUUUCUAAAGCCAAAAAAGCUGGAGUGAAGUGUCUAGUUCACUGCAAGAUGGGAGUGAGCCGUUCUGCCUCCACUGUGAUCGCGUACGCCAUGAAGGAGUACGGCUGGGAUCUAGAGCGUGCCUUCGACCAUGUGAAGGAGCGCCGCACCGUCACCAAACCCAACCCGUCCUUCAUGAAACAGCUGGAGGAGUACCAGGGUAUCCUACUGGCCAGCAAACAGAGGCAUAAUAAGCUGUGGCGUUCUCACUCAGACAGCGAUUUGUCAGAAGGUCACGAGCUGCUCUGCAAGGCACCACGACCGCUGGACCGCUCUGUCUCUCAUAACAACAACAACGGUGCUCCGUCGCUCCAUCAGAUUCUGGGCAACGAUGUGCAAGAGUCCUUGACCAACCCACAGCCUGUCAUGGACAACACUCACCCUAAAUCUCCACACCCUACCACAGAUGAAACGUCCAAGGAAAACCGUCUAACUUCUGAGUUGGCUCACGAGGACCCCUUCCUCCUGCCUCGUCGCAGACAGCGGGCGGCCACGGUGGUGCCUGAGCAGAACAUGGCAAAGAACUCUCGUUUAAGAAUUGCUGUGCCUGAGCCCGUCACCUGUCCUCACCCCCCACCCUCUCUUUGUAUCCUCGCCCCUUCACCUGAAGAGGAGGGCAGAAUAACUCCAGACCUCGGCGUCCAGUCGUCUCCCCAUGUGCCUGAGCCAAAAACAGACUGUGUUGAGCUGUCCCCAGACACAGCCGAUCAAAACGACUCUUAUCAUGUGUCGGAAUCCACUAUGUCGCAAAAAUCAGAACUGUGUUUGGAUGCUGUCAGCAACGAUGAGGGGAAUCUGCCGUCUUCGAGCACGCCAGAGGCUGACAGCCCCUCAGAAGCCCCCGCGGUACUCGAACUCAACUCCAGCGACGAUAACAACCCGAACGUCGCAGACAGCUCGGAGAAUGCUGCUGCGUCUAACCUCAGCACAGAUAGCAUUGACUUCUUUAGUGCCAGAGAGAAGUUCCUGUGUCUGUCGCAGGACGGUCAGCCUCGCUCGCUCUCUGAACCGACCGAUGUACGGCCACUUCACUCCAGAUGCACUCCACCUUCAGAAAGCCUCAGUGAGAAAGCUGAUGAGUGCCACGCCCACUCUGAGACUGCAGAGCCCCAACCUCCUCACCAUGACAACAGCGUGUCUGUGCGUCAUAUAGUUACCGAACUGGAAUCCAUAUCGCACACAUGCAGCCCGCCACCAGCACUUAACCCUCAUCCAACCACAACACCAGAGGAGGAUGAGGAAGCCGCUUCAGUGCCUCAUUCACCCUCCGACAGGCCCUCAGGAUCUGUGCGGCGGGCUACCGAGCAGCUGGAACUUUUACUGCGUCAGGGUCAAGACCUUCCUCGCUCCACUCUUCCCUCCCCAUGUUUGGACUCUCCAGAGCCGCAGUCCUACUCCAGCCCACCAGAGGAUAGUGUGGACUCAACCUGCACUGAGCACCAAAAGCCUGCAGAUGGGAAAUACAGCACCAAAGUGCUCGAUGAUGAGGAUUCCGGUAUAAUUCAUGAUCCUUCCUUCUCUGUGUAUCUGGAAGGCAGCGUUUCCGUGGAGGCCGACCCAAUCACCUUAAAUCCCAGUUCUGCCUCUUCCUCUCUGUUGUGGCUGGAGGGUGUGACCGAGUUGGAGACGGACGUUGAUGACGCGUUAAAGCCUCCAGGUCGACUGGCAUGUAGCAAUGAGGAUUUACAGAUUAUCCAGGAGACACUCCGAGAGCUCCAGGCUUUUUUAUACGAGGCCGGUGGACUGGGGGUAUGCGUUGGACAAUCUGAAGACACGGAGAUACCUCACGGUCAGAGAAACUGUAUACAAGGAGAGCCGCGUGCUUUAGAUCCCAAAGCAACUGCGGUGUGGCAAAGAGCCAUGGAAAUCGAGGCCCGCAUCAGACAGGCCGGUCUCACUCCUCCAUCCCUCAUGAAACGCUCCGCAUCGCUCGCUAAACUGGACCGGCUGGAGCUCUCUACUCAUGAUCUGAGCGACUGGGACUUCCAGCCUUCUGCAGCAGGCUUUUCUCAGACCUCUUGUGUUUUAUCCACACGUGACUCUCUGCCACUCACUCACAGCCAUGAUGAUGUCCACAAGAAGCAACGCGUUCUACCUCAGGGUCCCCCUUCUCCUGAGUCUUCUGUCCAGGUAAUGGAGAAAAGCUGGACUGAAGACUCCGCCCACCUUUCGCCCUCAUGCCCGGAGCAGAGUCAGGAGGGUGGGUCCGGACAUUCUGAACCCAGCACCAUCCAGUCUACCGUUUCUAUGUCGACACGACAGCAUGCAAAGACUCACCAUGUUCGCCGUUUCCGCAAGGCAAUGGACAAGAAAAAGACGGUGACCGUUUUGUACAACACCAUGUGACCAUUACUGUUUACCGUGUUGACUGUCCCAGACUGCAUUAAAAGUUUCUUUCAAAGUUUCAUUCAGUGAAGUCUAAGCUAAGUUUGCAGCUAUGUGCUACUGUAGGUGUGAAUGAGGGUUGUCGUGAGCAAGUGUAUGUCAGAUUGUGUUCAGGAUCUUUCAGGUAGCAAUGCAAACAAGGGAGUUGUUUUCUUAAAACAUGCACUUUAUUCUCUUGUUUUUCUUUUUUUUAUUGUUUUAAUUGUGAUUUUCUUUUUUAGAUAGCAUUUUUAUUUGGAUAUUUUUGCACUGUUUGAAUGGUAGAGUUGACUGGAUGUCCGAUAGCAUGUGGAGUCAGGAGUCUGUUUGAAACCAAGGUAAACUUGAUAUUAACUUUUUUAUCCCGUGCUUUAUCUGUGACUAUUAUAAAUAAUAAAACAGCACUAUUUUAACGAAUAUUGUCAUUCGUUCUGUUAACAUAAUCUAAUUCCUUAGUCUCCGCGUAGUCAAUCAUUUGAAUACUUUUUAUGAUGUUUUUUAAUAAAAGCGACUUGAAUAUCCUAAUUUAACUAAUCAU